GAUUCUUGAACUCCGGGGCUGGCAGCUUGCAAAGGGGAAGCAGACGGCUGCGCGCCGCACGGGCAGGUUUACCAAAGGUCUCUCUCUAAUGGGUAUUUUCUUUUUCUUAGCCCUGCCCCUGAAUUGUCAGACGGCGUCUGCCUCUGAAGUUAGCAGUGAUUUCCUCUAGAGCCCGGCCUUAUCUCCGGCUGCACGUUGCCUGGUGGUGACUAAUGACACAAUAACAUUGUCUGGGGGCUGGAAUAAAAUCGGAGCUGUUUACCCCCACUCUAUAGGGGUUCAAUAUAAAAAGCCGGCCGAGAGCUGUCCGGGUCAGAAGCGCUCCUGCCUCCGCACUGGGACCGGCGCCUCCAGGGUCCGCGCGCCGCCGCCGCCGCGUGCGUACUGGGACCGCUCGCUCUGCCUCUCUGCAGGGAAGAAACUUCUUUUUUUCUCCCCGUUAAACAGCAAUCAGGACGAAGUACCAUUUUGAGAUCCGGAGAACCCGAAGCGCUUGGAAAGAACUGAAGCUGAUUUUUUUUUUCCUACCCUUUUUUUUUUUUCCCCUUCGAGUUUAGUUUGCAGGGGGAAAGAUUUUGAACCCCUCCUUUAAUCGCCCCCCCUCCCAGAAUGGAUUAUUUCCCCAUGAUUUUCGCUCUGCUGUUUGUGGUUUUCCAAGGAGCUCCAGAAGCAGCGGUCCUGGGCACCGAGCUCCGCGAGGGAGCAGAGAGCGGCGGGGAGAAGCCCGCUCCCGUCACGCCCUGGAGGCCCCGCCGGUCGAAGCGCUGCUCCUGCUCCUCCUUGAUGGAUAAGGAGUGUGUCUACUUCUGCCACCUGGACAUCAUCUGGGUCAACACUCCAGAGCACAUUGUUCCAUAUGGACUCGGAAGCCCUGCUAGGUCCAAGCGCUCCUUAAAGGACUUCUUUCCUACAAAGGCGACAGUCCACAGGAAGAGAUGCCAGUGUGCUAGCCAGACAGACAAGAAAUGCUGGAAUUUUUGCCAAGCAGGAAAAGAACUCAGGGACCAAGACUCCAUGGAGAAAGCCUGGAACAACCAAAAGAGAGGAAAAGACCAUUCUAAACUCGGAGAGAAGUGUCUUCAUCAGCAGCUCGUGGCUGGAAGGAAAACGAGAAGGUUGGAGGCCAUCCGCAACAGCAUCAAAACAUCUUUUCAUGUUGCCAAGCUGAAAGCCCAGCUCUACAGAGAUAAGACAGCGACCUACAACCGUGCUCACUGAGGGCGGGAUUUGGGGGCCUGUCUGAAGCUCCUCGUCCACGGAGAGCCCUGGGCCUGACUCUGCGCUGCCCACGGGGCUGGGAUCGAGGCAAACGCGUCCUGCCUGCUCAGACGGUUUCUUGUUCCAGACUGGCAGGGGACCAGCGCCCUGGACGCAAGCAUUCCAGGAAAGGUUAAGGAGUGCCCCCAGCCAGUCUUCAUUUGUCUGCAUCUGAGCUGACUGUUUUCAUCCGUCUCUCCUCCGUGGGGGUGACAAUGGGGCCCGCAAAGAAGGCAAAGAGACCCAGUGACCUGCAGAUUGGGAUUCCUCCUCCGGCCAGAGGCGGAGAGGAGAUUCCACUUGUGGGCGGAGUUCCCAAGAGGGUCCGAAGGGACUGUCUGUGUCUCUCUCAGGCGCCUGGCACAUUUCAGGGAGAAACUCCAAAGCCCCGAGAAGAUUUUUCUAAGGAAUGCACAAAUUGAAAACACUCGAAGGACAAACACUCGAGUUAAAAAAAAAAAAAAAAAGACUUGUUUUUCUAAUUCGUAAAAUGCAAAACUGAAAGAAACUGUUA